AUGUCAGAAGAAAAAACAACUCGUACAACUAAUGCCUCACCUGAGCCUUCUCCUCGUAGCAGAAUUCCUAUCCUAUUACAAUGUGUUACAAUCGCUUUAACUUUGGUUGCUGCCGUGGAAUACUUCAAGUAUAGUACGAAAAUUAAUUAUGAAUGGUUCCAUUGUACACCAAUAAUGGAACCAGUCGGUACAAAUUCCUCCGUCUUGAAAAUAUGGGCUCGUGGGGGUCCAAGUUGUGAUAAGAGAGGCGAAUACAAGACUAUUAUGAAGAGAAUUACAAGGGAUUAUGAACCAAAUGAUCAACAUUUAAAAUUUUGUAUGAUUGAAAACAUGAAUGUGGGUCCAAUCCAUUAUCCAUUAGGGGAGCCAAAGGGAGAACCAGGUUACAUUGCCUACGUUGGUUAUAACGAGGACGAUGAAUUGAUUCAAACAAUGUGUAAGGAUUCUACCAUCUUUAACAUGUAA